UGACAGGGGCAGCCGCGACUUCAACUUUCUGAGUGCUUGUGGAACCCUCUGAGAUUUGGAGUUCCCGAGAAUGAGAAGCGCUGGAAGACGUCGCUAAAGGAACUUACCUGGCUGCGAAAUCGAACUACUUUUCCCAAGGGGCCAUUCGGUGGCCCAGGGCCAGUUACCGGCCUGGGAAAUAUUACAGUUGGGGAAUGUAAACAUGAGUCCUCUUAAGGCGAAAAUGGUUUCUAGAGAGGGAAAGAAGACUUCCUACCUUUGGACGGCCUGGAAAGGCGUCUCCACAUUUUCACUGCCUCGCACAUCUCAGGGCGAGGGCCGGAGACCACCCCCGCGAAACUAGAGGCUGUGUUUUUCCCCGCGCCACACCAUCACCUUGGACGGUCUGUCCUGAGACCCGGCUCCGCAGAAGUUCCUGGAGCUUCUCCACCCGCUUCCCUGAUCGAGUCCCUGAACCAGAAACCACAGUCUGCCAGUGACCAAGCCCAACCCACAAACAUGACCCACAGGAAAGGAGGUGGGGCGGACACCCCUUCGGCCAAUGGUGAAGCUGGAGGAGGAGAGGGCACCAAAGGCUACACAGAGGAACAAGUAGCAGCUGUGAAAAGGGUCAAGCAAUGUAAGGAUUACUAUGAGAUCCUGGGGGUGAGCAGAGCAGCCUCCGAUGAGGACCUGAAGAAGGCAUACCGCAAACUGGCCCUCAAAUUCCACCCAGACAAGAACCACGCACCUGGUACCACUGAAGCCUUCAAAGCCAUCGGCACAGCAUAUGCAGUACUUAGCAACCCAGAGAAGAGAAAGCAGUAUGCCCAGUUCGGCCAUGACAGGACCCAGGCAGCCCAGCCUGGCCACGGACACGGGGACUUCCACCGCGGCUUUGAGGCUGACAUCUCCCCCGAAGACCUUUUCAACAUGUUCUUUGGUGGUGGCUUCCCAUCUAGUAAUGUCCAUGUCUACAGCAACGGCCGCAUGCGCUAUACCUACCAACAAAGGCAGGACCGCAGGGAGAACCAGGGUGACGGAGGGCUGGCGAUGUUUGUCCAACUGAUGCCCAUCCUUAUCCUGAUCCUCGUGUCAGCUCUGAGCCAGCUGAUGGUCUCCAGCCCACCCUACAGUCUGAGCCCGCGGCCGUCGGUGGGCCUUGUCCACAGGCGAGUCACUGACCACCUGAACGUCUUCUACUAUGUGGCCGACACCUUCUCUAAGGAAUACACAGGCUCCAGCCUCAAAACCGUUGAACGGAACGUGGAGGAUGAUUAUGUCGCCAACCUCCGCAACAACUGCUGGAAGGAGAAGCAGCAGAAGGAAGGCUUGCUGUACCGGGCCCGCCACUUCGGCGACACAAAUAUGUACCACAAAGCACAGAAGAUGAGCACCCCAAGCUGUAACCGACUGUCAGAGACCAUGAAAUCCCUGGAGAAUUUUUGGUGACCAGGCACUGAGCCAAGGUGAUGGACUGUAUCUUUAAGGAAAGAUAUAAAAAGAAAAAAAAAUUAAAAUGGCAUUGGAGGCCGAACACCACACAACUGCCCUCUCUCUCGCCCAGUAAAUGCAGAAGAAAGCUCUUAGGACAGACAGGAAAACCUGCCUUGGGGCUGCUUCCCCUCCUCCCAGGGCUGGCAGAAGCUCAGGAUCCACAUCGCCUCCCUCCUAGGAUACAGAAACCAUGGCAACGAAAGUAGAAUGUAAAACUUGCAGCGAACAUCUAUGGGAAGAGCUGGGGGAGGGGGCGUCCAAAUACCUUCUUCCCCCUCCCAGGAGCCGCCACCAGUAACCUCUGGGUGGAAGCCAGUCAGGGGCCCCAUUGGCCAAGGGUACGGAGGAGCAAGGGAGGGAGCGUGCCCUAGGGGAACUGAGGGAUGCGUGCAUAUGUAUAUAUAUCUAUUUAUAUGUAGAUAGCAUAUAGAGAGAUAUAUACAUAUAGUCUUGCUUUUUAAAUUAUGCAGGGCUUUGUUUAAGUUGUUCAGCUGAUUUCUUCCCUGUUUUAGAAAACAAGGCCUGAAAAAAAAAAAAGAAAAGAAAACAAGGCCUGGGGAAGGUAACCUGGUCCUUCAAAGGCUAACUUAGUUAUAGCUGACACAACAAGGGGAGUCAAGUCAUACAUAGCUUUUAAAGUUCCCUCAACCCCAGCCUGUUUUUAAUGGCAGCAGUAAUCAUGAUAGAAUAAGUCUGUAGAAAACUUUUGAAGGUAAAGCUGGUGGAAGGGAGCAGGCUGUUGGGGGAGAAAAUGCCCCUAGGGCCAGAUAUCAGGUCAGUAUUGAGUCAUGGAAGAGGUUCCAGAUGGCCUGUAGAGGUGGCAACACCCACCUCAAACUUUGGCCAGCUCAGGUGGGCUCUUUGUCCUGGUGCCCAGGAGCCCUCUGACCCCUGCCACAGAAAACAGCAGACCAGGUUCUGCCUAGCCACCCCAUAGUCCCUAAGAAGGGUUUGCCUUAUAGAUACCACAGGGCACAGCUCUACUGUUGCCCCUGGUAUUUCCCAAGUCAUGCACCAAGGACUCCAGAAGUUUCUUCCUCCAGGAGUCAGCCAGGUAGUGCCCAGGACCCCUGGGUAGCAGCCAACUCAUAAAGUCCAUGCCUGCAGGCAUCACUGUCUACGCCCACCCUAGACACAAUGCCACCCAGCCUUCGCUUGCCCUUUGGAUAAAGGAUAUACCUGAACCAGAGGGUUCUCUUAUCCUUCAAAUGAAGAUUUUUCUCAAAACAGCAUUUGCUGCCAGGGGAUGGGAAGGAGGUUUUAUUUAUUCCCACAGUUUAUACUGGGCCUUUUGGAAUAACCGUAUUUCCUGAAUUCUCUGGUGGUGGUUGUGUCAUCGAGCCUGCCAUCUUCCAAAGCCUUACUUCCCCAAGCUGCCAGCCAGGAAAUGAGAACCAUCCUCCCAGAGUUUCUCUUGGUCCUUUUUUUUUUUUUUUAAGUAUCCCAACAAAUAGGAUUUUUGCUGGGAAAGGAAGCUUGUUGAAGAAAUGUCAAAUCUGGUAUUUGAACAAGGUCCUACCCUGUGACAAAAUGGCCAGACUGGCCUAGAGAGAUAAGAACUGGACAUGUGCAAGAGUGCCCCACUCAUGGGGGCCCCAGUGCUCUGCCCCCACCACCCCUACCGUCUGGUCUUGGUAGAUGUCCCAGAUGGGCUGAGCCAUGUGCAAUAAGAACAUAGAUCCUAAAGGAUACCCUGAGAAGCUGUAUUUCUUGAAUUAGAAUUCUGAAAUUGUACAUCUAUAAAUAAAUGUUUAUUAUGUGAUUGGC